GGCGGCUGGAGGCGGAGUCCGGUGGUGGUUGCCGGAGGUUCGACAUAGGUCCUUGUGGCUCGGCCCCGGCUUUGCAGAGCACGGCUUCGUUAUGGCUGAGGUAAAAGUGAAGGCACAGCCGCCGGAUGCGGACCCGGUCGAAAUAGAAAACAGGAUUAUAGAAUUAUGUCAUCAAUUUCCUCAUGGGAUCACAGACCAAGUUAUUCAGAAUGAAAUGCCUCAUAUAGAAGCUCAGCAGAGGGCCAUGGCCAUCAAUAGACUCUUAUCUAUGGGACAGUUGGAUCUCUUAAGGAGUAAUACAGGUCUUCUGUAUAGAAUAAAAGAAUCUCAGAAUACCGGUAAAAUGAAGGGAUCAGAUAACCAAGAGAAGCUAGUAUAUCAAAUCAUAGAAGAUGCCGGAAACAAAGGUAUUUGGAGCAGAGAUAUUCGAUAUAAAAGUAACUUGCCAUUAACAGAAAUCAACAAAAUACUAAAGAAUUUGGAGAGUAAAAAGCUUAUCAAAGCUGUUAAAUCUGUUGCAGCCUCAAAGAAGAAGGUUUACAUGCUAUAUAAUUUACAACCUGAUAGAUCAGUAACUGGUGGAGCCUGGUAUAGUGACCAAGAUUUUGAAUCUGAAUUUGUAGAAGUUCUAAACCAACAGUGUUUUAAAUUCUUACAAAGCAAGGCAGAAACAGCUAGAGAAAGCAAACAGAACCCCAUGAUACAAAGAAACAGUUCAUUUGCUUCAUCUCAUGAAGUAUGGAAAUAUAUUUGUGAAUUAGGCAUUAGUAAGGUGGAAUUGUCUAUGGAAGAUAUUGAAACAAUUUUGAACACACUUAUUUAUGAUGGCAAAGUGGAAAUGACCAUCAUUGCUGCCAAAGAAGGUACAGUUGGCAGUGUAGAUGGACAUAUGAAACUGUAUAGGGCUGUUAGUCCCAUCAUACAGCCUACUGGCUUAGUUCGAGCACCUUGUGGACUCUGUCCGGUUUUUGAUGACUGCCAUGAAGGUGGUGAAAUUUCACCAUCAAAUUGUGUAUAUAUGACAGAGUGGCUGGAAUUUUAAUAGUAAAAUAUACAUUCUUCUCACAUUUUAUAAAUGCAGAAAGAAAAUGAAGUUACUUUGAAAGCCAAGAAUUAUAUUUAUCAUGAAAUAUUUAAGUUGGUUAAAGCAAACUUCACUAAAAAAUAUAGACUUCCUGGUGUGAGGAACAUAUUGAUAUUUAUAAAGAUUUAAAAUUCUGAUAUAUAUUGAUGAGGGGCCAAAAGUCCAUGUGAUACCUAUUAGUGAUUAAUAGCAAAAACAUUCCUUCUACUAAUAAAGGACCGUCAAAAUAGAAGGAAUUCACCUACCAAGCUGUAAAGAAGGAUUAUUUUUGAAUGAUUGUUAAGAGGAAAACUAAACUACAAAAUAAUUCUGAAUUUGCCAAGGACAAAGGUAAUAAAGGGAACUGGAAAUUUCCCCUUCCUAUGUUGUUGCUAGAGACAAGGAAUUUUAAGCUGACUAAGGCAGAAACUGUGAAAAAGCAUUAUAUCUGCUUCACUACCAGUAUUAUUGGUACUUCUCAUUACCUUAUCAUUUGAGCAAGAAAUUGAAAGCUUCCCAGAUGAAAAAGCUUAAAGGUAAGUAGCAGCAGCAACAGCAACAGCAACAGCAACAGCAAGGACAACAAAUGCAGACUAGGUGGAUAUGCGAAAAGGUUAGACAUUGGAACAUCAUGGAACAGAAAAGCAACUGAAAAAUACUGUUUGGCAAGAACAGUACAAAUUUUGAAGAUACAAAAAGAAAGGAGAGAUGGUUCCUGCCUUCAAGGAUCUCAUGCUGUCAUGUAGACAGCACAUAAGAGAGAAUUCAGCUUCAUGGCAGGUGAAAAGGCCUUGAGUCCAGCUGACAAAACAGUAAGACUGUGGAUCUUAGGGAGCAAUGGCAAGACAGAUAGUCCUCAACCAGUGACUGUUGGGAAGGGGAUAGUUUGAGUGGGCCCAAAGGUUAAAGUGUCUGUGUUAUUUCCAGCCAAGAAGGGGAUGGGAUGUUGACAUCCAGCAGAAAAUGGAUAUCUACUGCUUGGUGGGAGCUUAGGAAUUGGACAUUUGUGAUUAAGUUGGGAAUGAGGAAAGGUUCCCCAAGCAAAUUCAUGCUGGCCCUUUGAGGUGCCCCUUGGUGGACUGAAGCAAGUGACGGUAAGGUCCUCAUUUCUCUGCCAGGGUGCCUGCUAACAUUUGUCUGUUUUCAAACCAUCUCGUUAUUGGGCUGGGAUAGAGAAGUAGUAUAACAAGUUUAAAAAAAAAAAAACAAUUCAAGCCAAAAUAAUGACAUUUACCAAGGUUAUGUGUCUUUUUUCAUUAUAUAGGGGUUAAUUACUAUUCUUGUUUAGUAAAAUCAUUGAUUUUAUUGGAAACAUUUGCUUUAUUUUUAGUAUCAACUCGGUUCCAUUGUUGCCCAUCAUUCUUAUUUAAUGACAGAUCAAAAUAAAGUUGGCUUUUCCUUGGUAUAGGGUGAAUAAUUUUGUGUGUUUAAUAUUCCUUUAACUCCCUCUCUCUGUGGUAUUUAAAGUAAUGUAUACUUUGGUAACUCUUAUGACUUCAUCAAAGUGUAAAUGCCCUCAGAUUCUACUCUCUCCUUAUUGGUUCUUUAUGCUCAUUGUUUUCAUCCUUGAACAAAUCCUUCAUAGCUGGUCUACCAAUAUUCUAAAAGCCUUCUUCAAUGUUUUUUAUAUUUUGUGGAUUAUAUUUUGUACAAUACAAAUUUAUCUAUCAGACUUCUGCCUUAUUACUAACCCAUCUCCUUUUUUGCUGUUAGGCCCUGAUGAUUUUUAUACUAUUUCUCUAGUAAGAGAGAGGGAGGGAAUAAACAGUUAUGAAGUAUCUACUAUGUGUCAGACACUGUGCCAAAUGCUGCCUAUUUUGUACUAUUUUAAAAAUUGUAUUUAAAUACAAUAAAACUUAUUUUAAAAGUGUAA